ACCUCGACCUCGAUCAACCGUUAGCGUUAGACCUUAUCAUCGACCUUGUCUUCCUUUCGAGCACAUCACAAGCCAUUCUCCCUGCUGAGGUAUCUGAGGUAUCUACGUCACACAUCUCUCAAUCAAAGGAAGCCUCGAAGCCUCGACGUAGAAACCCGGGGCGAGCGGUGAACGAGAAAACGCGUUCUCAUCAGUUCGAGUACGACAUUCCCGGUACCCUCAUCAGGCUCGCUCACCCACCUGAACAUAUCGACUCGCUGGUAGCUUGGGCACUGUAAACACCUCGUACAAACAACUUCUCCCGCAGUAAAAGUAUUCAGGAUGUCAGAUCCCACGCCGCCUCGACCUUCCACCCCGACACCUAAAGGCACCACCAUCGCGACGUCACCAUCAUCACCAUCAUCGGCAGCAUUACAAUUACCGUCUACCCCGAAAUCGAAAGCACUGGCAUCACCUACAACAUUCAAUCCGACGGAGAAGGCGACGACAAUGCCACCAGCGGGAUCGGGUUCAGGACCUCCAGGUCUCUCUCCUCAAGGUCAACAGAAACAGGUGCGAUCCCCCGUAGCCGGAGCUACAACAGGAAAUGCCACAAGCGUAGGAGCAAGUACGGGAGGAGGGUUUUUACCGGGGAUCACUCUUUCUAAACCUACUACUACGACCGCUACAACAACUACGACGACUACUACGACUACGGGUACGGGUACGACGGGUACGACUGUGGGAAGCACUCAUCCUCACCUUGGCUCACCCUCACCCUCGACCUUGAAUUCGGGUGCUGUUGGGAAUGGAUCUCCUUCGAAACCACAAAGUCAAUCACAAGCUCGUGGUCCGUUGAGCAAGAAACUUGGCAAGAAGGCUUCUUCUUCCCACCCCGAGGACCACUCCCACUCCCACCCUUCAAACGAAAAAGCUCACACUCACGAUCACGGCAACAAAGACGUCCAGAAAGAAAAGGAGCGCGACCCGACCCGUCAAGGAAAAGGAAAAGACCUCUCACACGUCCCCUGUCGGUUCUACAAGAUGGGCGCUUGUGCGGCGGGUGAGGGGUGUGUUUUUAGUCAUAAUCUCUCUGGGGGUGGGGAGGGAGCGGGCAAUACGAAACAAGUCUGUCAAUGGUUUUUGAAAGGAAAUUGUCGGUUCGGACAUAAGUGCGCCCUGGCCCAUCUCUAUCCGAACGAGCCCCCGACCAUGGACCGGAAACACAAAAAGGCCGCCCAGCUCGCCGCGAACGGGGUCCCGCAGGAAGAGAUCGAGUCGGUCGUCUACGGUGGGACGUCGUACAUCUUGCCCGCCGGUGGGUAUCAGCAGGAGGAAGCCAAGCAAGAGGACGAGAACGAGGUCACGGGCGGCAUGGAUUUACCCGUCGACAAGACGACGAGCACGAACGGGGGCAAGAUGAGUUACUCGCAAUCGUUAAAAUCGCCCAACAACGCCAAGUCGGCCAGUGGGGCCAACAAGGCGGACGCCUCGCUCGACAGCCACAUGGCCGACUCGGCCGCACGAGCCCGUCGAGGAUCGUCCACUGUCGAUCGGACCGGCGCGGUCCCGAUCAAAUCGAUUCGCUCGCAAGCCCAACGACAGGACGCCGCGGGCGGGAUGAUCGGGUCCAUCUCCCCUGCGAACCGACAUCAGGCGGCCUUGCUCUCGACCCUGAACCGACCGGGGUCUGCGACCGCUCAAGCCGCACACUCGCCCUCGACCCCGCCGACGCUCGGUUACAACCCGUCCAUGUCCUCGUCCAUCCCUCGGUCGCAAGGCACACUCAUGGCUAGAGGUCCGGGUGACGAGUCGGAAAAUUUCAAGUCUCGACCUGUUCCUCUCAGCGUUCCCGGUCCUCUGCCCAUGUCCGCCAGGUCCGGGUCGUUCGUUCAAGACCCGAUCGGCACUCCACCUCGCGAGUCGACGUCGUUCAUCCUCGGUCGAAGUUUCGGUGCUGGAGGAUCGACUAAUCCGCUCACCGCGCCCUUGCUCAACCGGGAUGGAUCGUUCUCCUCGACCGACCCCGUCAACAUGCGCCCGGGGCUCAAGACGACCGGGUUCGCAGAUUCGAACAGCGUCAACAUGCCUCCCGGAUCGGUACCCGGAUCCAAGUUCUCGUCGUCCGUUCUCGGCGCCGAGUUUAAUCAGAUGGGUAGGGACAUCUGGGGUCAGCGGACGUCGUUGGCGCCGGUACCCUCGCGUACCCAUUCGACCCAAUCACAAUCGGGCAUGACGAGGCCCAUCCUGGACACGUCAAACAGACGCGAAUCCGAGGUCUUUAUGCUGGACGACGCCGACGACGAGGAUGCCGAUGCCGAAGAGUUUUUGCCAGGCAGUUUGACCGAGCUGUUGAACCCGCGCGAACGGGCUCGGCGAUUGAGCCGAAGGGAGAGUGGAAGUGGUCCAGGUGUCACCUCGGGUUCGGUCGGGAUCAGGGCCGGGUGGGUAUCUUCUUCUGGGAACGGGGCUGGUGGGGAUACGAACACGCUCGGUGGGAUCGGGAGCACCGGGUCGAGCUGGGAUUCUAGGCCCAACAUGGACGCCCUCUUGCAUCGACAGGCCAUGUCGGCCGGCGCGGUCGAUGGUGGGUUCUUGCGCAGUCUCUGGGACGAUGCCGGUGAGGACGCUCGACGCAAGGUCAGGCAGCAAGACCUCGAUGCUCCGCCUGCCAGUGCCGCUGCUGCCGUCGGAGGUCUGUCGAGCAUGUUUGCCGGUGCCGGCGGAUCGAACGAAGGGUACCUGACUGCACCCCCUGAUACUGGCUUCCAACUCGGACCUAGCAACUCGUCGGUCGCCUUUUUGCCCACGUUUACGGCUCAUCGACAAGCCAUCCUCGGUGACCACGGCUCGCCCGCCACUCGUGGCAACCUGCACUCGCCUUCGCGACCGUCGCCCUUGCAUCGGGAUAGCACCAAUCAGGCCAUCUCGUCGUCCAACGUCCCCGUCAAGGACGGUCUCGAGGUUCAGCACGCACAUCUCGCACCGCCACACUUGCGUCCUUUGGCCUCGCCCGGCACUCGAGCACUGGAAGCACAUGCACCGGGUCAAAGCUUGCCUCAAGGGCUGGCCGCCGGAUUGUCCCGCAUGCAUCUCCGACCUAGCACCUCGCGGCAGUCGAGCGGGCUCAAUAACAACAACACCGGCACCCACAGCGGACUCUCCGGGGGCGAAGCGCUUAGCCCGAGUGGGAGCAGUAUGGGAGUCGCUGGACCUCAGGCGAUCGGGCGGUACGAGACCCUUCGUCGACAAGAGAGUCGGGAGAAACCGGUCGUCCCUCAGGUGGCGGUCGCUCCGGCGGGAGAGGGCGAGGACGACGACCUGUUCGAGAUGGAGGGAUGAUCAGUUAUGCAAGACAAGACCAAGGCGAGACCGCUCCCUCCCAAUCAUAGACCGCACACUACGAAGCGCAUUGACUGGUUAUUACGUGACGUACAGCCCUUGCAGUGCGAACUUUGAACAUUGUAUGAUAGACCCACCCCAUGUCUACUGAUGCUUUAUAACCACCAACACGUAUCAGAAAUCUCAG